AAACAAUUGUACUUGAUCAAGAUUCUAGAUAUUUUAUUUUAUAGGGCCCUAUUUCGAUUAAUAUUUCGAUUUAAAUGAAGAUCAUUUUGUUUUCUAAAUAUAUUUUUCUGACAUAAAAUAUGAUCAUUCAAUAAAGCCGGCAGUGCCACGUGACGUCACGGAAACCUUGUGGAAUUAUCGAUCUAACAGCGGACCUGUCGCAGAAACAAAUAUAAACAGCUCACCAGUAGAUACAGACCCGUCCAUCGCCCCGAGCUAAGACUACUCACCGAUGUCCAAAUAGGGUGGUCAAGUGUUUCAUUUCUACAUCGGCUGCCCAUCAGUACAGUUCAGACAUUGGCAUUCUGUUGUGUAGCUGACUUAUACUGGAUAUCGUUUUUUUUCCAGCUGAGUAAUUUAGAAGAAAGAUGACAGAGAAGAAAGGUCACGUGACCGUGCACUGGUUCAGACAUGGGUUAAGGCUCCAUGACAAUCCCUCCCUGCUGGAUGGGCUGGAGGACUGCCACCAGUUUUACCCUGUCUUCAUAUUUGAUGGCAGUGUCGCAGGGAUUGCUACAGCUGCCUUUCCCAGGAUGCAGUUCCUUCUCCAAACUCUGCAGGACCUGGAUGACAACCUCAGAAAACAUGGGACACGACUCUACACCUUUCAUGGCGACCCUGUUGGAGUUUUUAAAAAACUGUUUGAGGAAUGGGGUGUGACAAGGUUGACCUUUGAACAAGACCCAGAGCCCUGCUGGCAGAACCGAGACAACCGUGUCAAAGAUUUGUGCGCCAAAAAAGAUGUGGAAUGGAUUGAGAGAAUCAGCCACACACUCUGGGACCCUCAAGUAGUUAUUCAAGAGAAUGGAGGUAGCCCCCCUUUGACGUACGCCAUGUUCUGUCAGGUGACUGACAUGAUUGGCCUACCCCCCCAGCCUGAAGGUGAUCCUGACUUCCAUGGUAUCUCCCUACCUGUCAGUGAGGACCAUGACAAGAAGUACAAGCUCCCUACCCUGGAGCAGCUUGGAGUGGAGGUGGAGUCUGAAAGACAAAACAGCCCAUGCUUUCCUUAUUUAGGAGGAGAAACUCAAGCUUUGAAACUUCUAGCUAUACGCUUGGAAAAGGAACGUAUGGCUUUCAGCGUGGGACAGAGCCUGCCCAAUCAACUGUACCCAGAGUUAUCUGGCAUGUCCUUGAGUCUCUCCCCACAUCUGCGCUUUGGUAGUAUGUCUAUCCGCAGAUUUUAUUGGGCGCUUCGAAAAGUAUACUCAGAGGUCCACCCCAACACAGCAGUCCCAUCAGGCAUCACCUGCCAGCUGAUCUGGAGAGAAUACUUCUACUGCAUGUCAGUCAACAAUCCAAACUACAACAAAAUGAUUGGAAACCCAAUCUGUCUCAAUAUUGAUUGGUACGAGAAUGACGAUCAGCUGGAAAAGUGGACUCUGGGUAAAACUGGCUACCCUUGGAUUGAUGCUUGCAUGCGUCAGCUGACACAGGAGGGGUGGAUUCACCAGGUGUGUCGACACGCCACAGCAUGUUUCCUCACCAGGGGAGAUUUGUGGAUUAACUGGAUGAAGGGCCUUGAGGUAUUCGACAAGUACCUGCUGGAUGCUGAUUGGUCAGUGUGUGCAGGUAACUGGAUGUGGGUGUCAUCGUCAGCCUUUGAGAAAGUUCUACAGUGCCCUCGCUGUAUAUGUCCUGUACGCUAUGGAAGACGCAUGGAUCCCAAAGGCGAAUAUGUCAGACGCUAUGUGCCAGAGUUGAAAGACAUGCCCCUGCAGUACCUGUUUGAACCAUGGAAAGCACCACUCAAGGUGCAGAAAGAAGCCAACUGUGUAGUGGGUGAAGACUACCCACACCCCAUGAUAGACCAUAAAGUGGCAUCAAAGGACUGCCAGGCCCGUAUGGAGCGCAUCAAGGCCAAAUCUAAAGAUAUCCCACACAUCAGACCUGCAGAUGAGUUGGAAGUACUCACUUACAUGUUCAGUAAAGAGUUUGAAAAGAUUGAACUUUGCACUCACAAUGAUGACAAGCGCUCAAGCAUGGUCAACUAUUUUUAAUUCCCUCAUUGAAUCCUCCACAAUCGGCCUAUAUUUGACUUAGCAUUAGAUUUCUUACAAUAUCCAUUUAGGCACCUAAAAUUUGUAUUGUAAACUUCAGGUGUUUAAAUCAAUGGAACUGUUUCUAAUAGUUUUGUUGUUUUGUGCUUCCAAUAUAAAUUACGAAACCCUGGUAUGAGAAUUUACUGUAUACUCAAGAAAAUAAAUAUAUUUUAAAACGCCAUUGUUGUUUUCAGGGCUAGUAAAGCUUAUAAAAAUGUUGUAAUGUUGAUCUUGUUUAGUUAACUUGAGACAGGUUACUUACUGAUAAAACUUACAAUAGGGCUGCUAUAUUUUUGUGUGUUUGAUGUUUCCUUCCUCUGUGGCCUUUGUUGUGCCUGCCUUAGAGUUUUAUAUAUAUCAAACUGUUUGCUCUAAUAUAUUUAUCUUUUUAUAAUGUAUUAGGAAUACAUUUUUUCUUUGUGAUAUAUUGUAUCAAUGCUGUAUUUUGGAUAGUUGUACAAUGUUUCUUUUUACUCACAUAUCAGUUCUAAUAUUAUGAGAUUGUUUACCUUUAAGGCUGUGAUUUGAUAAAGAAGUGAAAUGGCAAAAAGUGUUCAUGAGCCAUACUAUAUAUAUACAUAUAUAUAUAUAUAUAUAUAUAU